CUCUGAUGUUUCCGGUAACCUGCCGAGAGUAGCUGGGCCGAAACUCACCGCACCCUCCUCGUCUUCAGCCUCCUCUCCCGGGACAUUCCGCUCACCGGGACCGGCUUCACUCGCCACGGAGUUCGGAAGGUCAUUUUCCGUUAUAUGAGAGAGACAGUGAGCGCUGACAGACGCUUUAAACCUCAGCAGACACUCAGAGUCGAUGCUAGCAAGCUAACAGCAUCCUCUCGCGCGGACCGAGAAAUCAAAAUAAUGUGUUUAUUUAUUACUCCUAGUUCAUUUAUGCUCGUUUUAUAAAUUGAGUGUGCUUUUUCCUCAGACACGCGUGUGGUAGAGACAGCAGCACAUGUUGUUUAUAGGUUACAGGUGAUUUUACAAGACAGUUGUAUUGUUGUCUAACGUUAUAUAGAAGAGUUCUUGUCACAUUAGUGUGAUUUAAAGUGAAUGUAAGUACAUUCAUACAGUUAGUGUUUUAAUGUAAUGAUCAGAUCUGAGGUGUAAACAGGUUGAGGAGUUUUUAUAGACUGAGUGUUUUGUGUUUGAGCUGGUUAGUAGUAAUCUAGGAAUUUAUAAGCUCGAUGACAAGCUGUAAAUCAGAGGUAUUGUAUAGUAAAGCUCAGUCUGAGCUCGCCUUAGAUUAAAGGUCUCGUCAGGCUUUUCAAACAUCAGCCAUGGCUCCAAAAAAGAGACCAGAGCCCAUAGUUAUAACCGGAACCGGAGAAGCACAGCCGACCUCUACAUCCAUAGAUGCUGCGACAGAAGCAAAUCUUGAGGCCCUGCAGAAGAAGCUAGAAGAGCUCGAUUUGGAUGAGCAGCAGAAGAAGCGUCUGGAAAAUUUUCUCACGCAGAAAGCCAAUCUGGGCGAACUGAAGGAUGAUGAUUUCCAGCAUAUCUGUGAGCUGGGAGCUGGAAACGGAGGUGUGGUUAAUAAAGUGUGCCACAAACCCUCUGGCCUCGUAAUGGCCCGGAAGUUGAUUCAUCUGGAGAUCAAGCCGGCCAUCAGGCAUCAGAUCAUCAGGGAGCUGCAGGUCCUGCAUGAGUGUAACUCUCCGUACAUUGUGGGUUUCUACGGGGCGUUUUACAGCGAUGGGGAGAUCAGCAUCUGUAUGGAGAACAUGGAUGGAGGCUCUUUGGAUCAGGUUCUGAAAGAGGCUCGCAGAAUUCCUGAGGAGAUCUUGGGAAAAGUCAGCAUAGCCGUUUUAAGAGGUCUCGCUUACCUUCGAGAAAAGCACCAGAUUAUUCACAGAGAUGUGAAACCUUCAAAUAUUUUGGUCAAUUCUCGCGGGGAGAUCAAACUGUGUGACUUUGGCGUGAGCGGGCAGCUCAUCGACUCCAUGGCAAACUCUUUUGUAGGAACACGCUCGUACAUGUCGCCGGAGAGGUUGCAGGGCACUCAUUACUCGGUGCAGUCAGACGUGUGGAGUAUGGGUCUUUCUCUGGUGGAGCUGGCCAUCGGCCGCUAUCCCAUUCCUCCACCUGACGCCAAGGAGCUAGAGGGCAUCUUCGGCAGGGCAGUGAUGGAUGUUGGGGAGGCUGGGACGCACAGUACGUCUCCUCGACCCAGACCUCCCGGCAGACCCGUCAGCGGUCAUGGGCCUGUCAUGGCUAUAUUUGAGCUGCUGGAUUAUAUAGUCAAUGAGCCGCCCCCUAAACUUCCUCACGGCGUCUUCACUCCUGAUUUCCAGGACUUUGUGACCAAAUGUCUCAUUAAAAACCCUGCUGAUCGAGCGGACCUGAAGAUGCUAGUGAAUCACACUUUUAUUAAGCGCUCAGAGGUGGAGGAGGUGGACUUCGCUGGAUGGUUGUGUAAAACGAUUGGGCUCAAUCAGCCCAGCACACCCACCCGAACAGCCGAAUGACACAAACACGCACACAAACGCCUGACCGUCACACAAACCACGAUUCCCCUACAGAACACAAACGUUUACAGCCUAUCUGAUGGAACACCUGCAGAGCUGCUCAUUUUACACUUUUACGUCCGUAUUCAUGGGUGAAUCUCAUGGAACCAGUCAAGAACAUUUCACGCUCAAAACAAAGAAAUAAGUCAUAAAUAUAUUUUGCUUAAAAAAAUGUAAGCCUGUUUUUAGGAUUUUUUGCCUCAUGUGAUCAUGUGAUUUAUUGAUUGAUUGAUUUGUAUUUUUUAUUUUUUGGUCUUAUUUGCCCCCCAAAAAGCAAUGAAAUAUUAUUGAAUUCAGAGGUGAAGUCCUGUAUGGUAGUAUUUGUUGUACUGCCUUUAAUUUUAAUGUUUUCAUUUCAUUACUAGUACUUAAAGUAUCAUUUUUGGAUUUAAUUUUUUAAAAGAACGUUUUGUACUGUAAUGCACAAAACACAGUAAUACUGUAAUGCAAUUCAAUAUUAAAAAUAUUAAUUGCAUUGCAAAAUUAAAAAGUAAACUUUGAGUUAUUUUCCCAGUUGUCAUGAAAAUGUCACAACCCAAAAACAAUUUUAAAAUCUGGUCUCAAAAAUAAGCAAAAUCGAAUGGUCAUAUAUUUUCUUUUGAUUAUGUUGUGACAUGACUUGAGAAUGUUUUCGUCAGAUUCGCUCUUUUGCACAUCCAGGCACAGACGUUCUCAUCUGAUCCUUCAUGUUUAAUGGAUUUAAUAUAUGCCAGGAAAUCAGCACCGUCACUCUUAUAAUAAUUUUUGUAUGUUCAUUCUUACAUUUGCCACAAACACGAACCACAGACAGUUGUUGCUUUAAGACUCAAUAAAGUGAUUGUAGAGGGGAUGAAUGA